AAGAAUACGCGAUGAAUGACGCUUGAAAAGAGAAGAACGAGCCUUCAAAACGGAAUGGGAGUAACCGAGCCGGGUCCGGGUGAAUGAAUGUUGAAUGAGUCCCAGUCUGCUGUGCCUUCGGUCGGUGCGGUGUCAGAACUUCUACUCUGCUAAGAUCCAACUGUCAAUAUGGCUCUUCCAGCCCCACUUAAGGAGCUCUUUAGCUAUGUAGACCAACACAAGGAGGCAUAUAUUAAGGUGUUAGAAGAGGCUGUUGCUAUUCAGUCCGUCUCUGCCUCACCUGAAAAACGUGAUGAAACUAUUCGCAUGGUCAAGUGGACUGCUGAAAAGUUGAAGAAACUGGGUGCAUCUCUUGAGCUAUGUGAUAUUGGACUGGAGACACUUCCUGAUGGAAAGAAAAUCCCACUGCCUCCUGUUAUUAUGGGUAGCAUUGGAAAUGAUGCAUCGAAGAAAACUGUAGCUAUCUAUGGCCAUCUAGAUGUUCAGCCAGCUGCCAUUGAAGAUGGUUGGGACACGGAACCAUUUGUCCUUACUCGCAAAGAUGAAAAGCUCUAUGGCCGUGGCUCAAGUGAUGACAAGGGCCCAGUUCUGGCUUUCAUUCAUGCCAUUGAAGCACUUCAAAAGUCCCAGUCUGGUCUCCCCGUUAAUGUUAAAUUUGUCUUUGAGGGUAUGGAGGAGUCUGGAAGUGAAGGAUUGGACGACCUGUUGAAUGCUAAGAAAGAUUUCUUCAAAGAUGUAGACUAUGUGUGCAUCUCUGACAACUACUGGCUGGGAACUACUAAACCUUGCAUUACCUACGGUCUCCGUGGAUUAGCUUACUUUGCUGUUGAAGUUGAGUGUGGCAGCAAAGAUCUACACAGUGGAGUGUAUGGCGGCACUGUGUUUGAAGCAAUGCCUGACCUCAUCUACAUGCUGAAUGAUCUGACCAAUGCACAAGGAGAAAUUCAGAUUCCUGGCAUCAUGGAUGAUGUUGCUCCUCUCAUGAAAAAUGAAGAAAAGAUUUAUAAUGACAUUGAGUUUGAUGUGUCUGCUUACCAUGCAGAAAUCAAUGCCACAGAACUGAGACACAAGGGAGACAAGACCAAGCUUUUGAUGAGCCGUUGGCGGUACCCAUCACUCUCUGUUCAUGGAAUUCAAGGAGCCUUCAGCGAGCCUGGAGCAAAGACAGUCAUUCCUAGGAAAGUAAUCGGCAAGUUCUCCAUUCGUCUGGUGCCUGACCAGGACCCUGAGAAAAUCAACAAACUAGUGGUGAAGUUCCUGAAUGAGAAGUGGAAGAAGCGUGGCAGCCCAAACAGGUUCAAGGCUUACUCUCUUCAUGGUGGAAGGCCAUGGACCAGUGAUCCCGACCACCCUCACUACCAGGCAGCCAUCAAAGCUACUGAGCAUGUGUACAAAGUAAAGCCUGAUCUCACAAGAGAAGGUGGUUCAAUCCCUGUUACUCUCACUCUCCAGGAAAUCUCUGGGAAAAAUGUCCUGCUGCUUCCUGUCGGUAUGGGUGACGACAGUCCUCACUCUCAGAAUGAGAAACUCAAUGUCCGCAACUACAUUGAAGGAACAAAACUCCUUGGUGCCUACUUGUAUGAAUGUUCUUUGUUGAAGUAAGAAGAUUUUGAUGCCAAUUGGAAGAGGUUUUCAUGAACUGAUGUUUAAUCAUGUGAUACUAUAUCUCUUGAGAUGUACAGUGUUGCUGCACCAGCAUCAUUCCCCUGUACUAUGCUCUAUUUUAUAUACACUGUUUAUGAAUUGAUCAUUUUAAAGAAAUAAAUCAUGUUUAUUUUAAAUCCUUUA